UUUUCAGACAACUGGCGAUAUUUGGAGGCUGUGCUGGGGUUUCUGUAUAUUCCGGCAUCACCUCCUCUGUUCUAGAUAUCCUGUUGUGAAUGUCAGGCCAGCCCUGGCCUGAUGACCCUACAACCCCGCAAUAUUUCUUAUCGGAAUCACCUUUCGCUGUUAUCGCCGCUUGGCCCAACAGCCCAGCUUGACGGUUGUCUUUGACGCCGGCGGUACCAUCGACAUGUUCACCGGCUCGCUGCAACGGUUGCUGUAGUAUCUCCAGAGAGAGUAAACAUGUUCAAAGUCUGGGAUGCAAAAUACAGGCAUAUCGUCCCGAUUGUACCUCGUGCAGAUCGCACACUCCUCUCUACACUAUGUUGGUGAUAGAUAUGCCCCCCACCAAUGGCGCCACCUAAUAGAGCUCCCGAUAUCAUCGUGGGAAAUGUUUCCUUUGUGAAGCUGGAGGUGAAAACAAAAAGCAACCGGAGGGCGUUGGUGGUUUGGGCGGCGUGCACUGCAAAUGGAAAAGCUGACAGCUGGCAUCCAUGAAAUUGGAUGUCAGGAACGAGCUGGAUGCGUUGUCACCCAACCAUAAAGUUCAAGCAAGGGCAGUGAGUAACAAGUGACCAACCUGCCUAGCCGGCCUAUAAUCUCAGCCCUAUCAUACUUUAUGCCAUGGAAGUGAGAUGAAUGAAAUUUUCAGAUUUCUACACACAAGCCACGCCGGGAGAGAUAUUUAUCUUUCCUGCUGGCCAGGCAUCAGUUGUUGAGAGAUAGGAGUUCACGCCAUUUGCUCGUGUUCACACUCAGACGACCAUAUUCCAGUUUCGCCUUCAUUCAGCCACACCAAAGGUUGUUACCACAACCACACACACAAGCCACACCCGGAACUAAAAGCUUGUGAACAUUCAAAACCCUCUGUUGCUUGAAUUUUUUUUUUUCUUGAUUUGCAAACACAAAAGUAACCCUCUCUUCACAUAUUGCAUUCCACCGCCAUCCUUUCUUGUCAAGACAGAUUAGACUACCCUGGGAGAUUCUGUCUGAGUAGAACUGCGAGACCCGCUGGCACUGCACGAACACCAAAUUUCCCCUCCGCCAGCUGUCUUGACUGCCCCUCCCCCACUCCUCAACAGCCCUGACCCAAUCAAAAAAUUAUUGACCAUCGUCGCACUCCCCUCUCCCUCCCACUUCACAGACCAAAACCCCCCUCUCACGACGACUCGCCCAGAGAGUCAACAACAUUUACCCACUUAAACAAGCCGCCGCGCUUUUUCACUCCCGACGCGUCUCCCACAGAGCAUCUCGCCCUCGACAUUCCAGACCACCAGCCUAGCGCCCCCCCUCCUCCCCAGGUAGCGACGAUCCCGCCGACGCGUCCUUCCAUAUCCGGAGCCCAAAGCUCACUCGACGUCUCAGUUUGGUUUUGUCCUGACUAAAACAGACGACGUCCACUUUGGAGCACGACGGCAUCGGCAGGCCCCUUGAGCGCCUCUCAGCUCAUACAACUUAGAUUCAGACAACAUCAUGUCUUCUGUUCUGCCCGCAGAUGUUAGCGCCCAACUGGGCCAGCUACUCCAGCAGCUUCAGUCAUCAGACAACAUUGUCCGCUCACAAGCCGAGGAGGUUCUGCAGAAUCAGUGGACAAGCCAGCGGCCAGAAUACCUAUUAAUGGGCUUGGCCGAGCAGAUCAGCAGCUCCCCUGAUGUCUCGGUUCGCACAUUUGCAGCUGUCAUCUUCCGUCGCAUAGCAUCCAAGACUCGCAAAACACCAAGCUCCGAAAAUGUUGACCUCUUCAUCUCCCUGGGAGUCGAGUCUUGCCAGGCCAUCCGCAACGAGCUUCUGAAGACAUUGCUUGCCGAGACAGAUAAGAACGUUCGGAACAAGAUCAGUGACGCGGUUGCCGAGAUUGCCAGACAGUACUACGAUAGCAACGAUUCCUGGCCAGACCUGCUGCAGGUGCUUUUUCAGCUCAGCCAGGCCCCUGAUGCUGGCAAGCGCGAAACCGCCUUCCGAGUGUUCACAACUACCCCCGGCAUUAUUGAGAGACAGCAUGAGGAGCAGGUAGCUGGCGUGUUCGCCCAGGCCUUCAAGGACGAAUCAGUUUCAGUUCGCCUUGCCGCCAUGGAGGCCUUCGCUUCCUUCUUCCGCAACCUCAGCAGGAAGAACCAGGCCAAGUACUUUGGUCUCCUUCCCGAAAUUCUCAACAUUCUGCCACCAAUCAAGCAAGCUCAAGAUUCCGAUGACUUGAGCAAAGGUUUGGUGGCCCUCAUCGACCUCGCCGAAAGCUCGCCCAAGAUGUUCAAGCCAAACUUCAGCGGACUCGUCCAGUUCUCCAUCGCCGUGAUCCAAGACAAGGAGCUUAGUGACCUUUGCAGACAGAAUUCUUUGGAGCUCAUGGCUACUUUCGCUGAUUACGCCCCAUCCAUGUGCAGAAAAGAUCCCAAGUACACCGAGGAUAUGAUCACUCAGUGCCUCAGUUUGAUGACCGACAUUGGCGAGGAUGACGAUGAUGCUGCUGAUUGGCUUGGGGCCGACGAUCUUGAAGACCAGGAAAGUGACAACAACCACGUAGCUGGAGAGCACUGCAUGGACCGCUUGGCGAACAAGAUGGGAGGCAUGGUCGUAUUGCAGCCCACCUUUGCUUGGCUCCCACGCAUGAUGCAGUCCCCUGCUUGGAGGGACAGGCACGCGGCUCUCAUGGCUAUUUCUGCCAUCUCGGAAGGCUGUCGUGACCAGAUGAUUGGGGAACUCGAGCAGGUUUUGAAGCUCGUUGUUCCGGCUCUGAAGGACCCCCAUCCUCGUGUCCGAUGGGCCGGGUGCAAUGCUUUGGGCCAGAUGAGCACUGACUUUGCGCCGAAGAUGCAACAGGAAUUUUACGAUGUUGUUCUGACCGCUAUCGUGCCAGUCUUGGACUCGCCCGAGGCUAGAGUCAAGUCGCACGCUGCGGCCGCUUUGGUCAACUUUUGCGAAGAGGCCGAGAAGAGCGUCUUGGAGCCGUACCUGGACGGCCUCCUCACCAAGCUCUAUGAGCUCCUCCAGAACGAGAAGCGGUACGUGCAGGAGCAAGCACUCUCGACCAUCGCCACUAUUGCCGACGCGGCCGAGCAGGCGUUUGCCAGAUAUUACGAUACUCUGAUGCCCAUGUUGGUUAGCGUAUUGCAGCGCGAGAACGAUAAGGAGUACCGCCUCCUUCGCGCAAAGGCUAUGGAGUGCGCGACUCUCAUUGCUCUCGCUGUUGGCCAGCAGCGCUUGGGCAACGACGCCACCAUGCUUGUCCAACUUCUCGGAUCCAUCCAGGACAAUGUUACCGAGGCCGAUGACCCUCAGGCCCAGUAUCUUAUGCACUGCUGGGGUAGAAUGUGCCGCGUCAUGGGCAAAAAUUUCCUCCCUUGUCUGCCCAAGGUCAUGCCUCCUCUUCUCGAGAUGGCCAGCGCCAAGGCUGACAUUCAGCUUCUCGACGACGAGGAUCAGGUUGAGAAGUUCCAGCAAGAAGAGGGCUGGGAGCUGGUGCCUCUUCGUGGAAAGACGAUUGGAAUCAGAACUAGCUCCAUGGAGGAUAAACAUAUGGCCAUUGAGCUCCUGGUUGUUUACGCCCAGGUUCUUGAGGAUGAGUUUGCGCCCUAUGCCGAUCAGAUCAUGGAGAAGAUCGCUCUCCCCGGCCUGGCAUUCUUCUUCCAUGAUCCUGUCAGAUAUGUUUCUGCCAAGCUCGUGCCACAGCUUCUGAGCUGCGUCCAGAAAGCUUAUGGACCCGCCUCGGACCAGCUCAGGCUUUUGUGGGACAAGACCAUUGACAAACUCCUUGAAGUUCUUUCCGCUGAGCCCGCUGUCGAUACCUUGGCGGAGAUGUAUCAGUGCUUUUACGAGUCUGUCGAGGUUAUCGGUGGGCCCUGCCUUAGCCCUGAGCGCAUGGGCAAGUUUAUCGAUUCAGUCACUUCUACCCUUGAUGACUACAAGGACCGUGUUGCUCAGCGCGAAGAGGAGCACCGCGCUGGUGGUACUGACGAUGCCGAGGAUGACGCUGAGGAACUCUUGAUGGCCAUCGAGGACGACCAGACUCUUCUCUCGGAUAUGAACAAGGCCUUCCACUGCGUCUUCAAGCACCACGGCGAGAGCUUCCUCCCCUACUUUGAGCGUCUCGCCGACACAUAUCAAGGUUUCCUCAAGUCGGAUGACCCAACGCAGCGUCAAUGGGGCCUUUGCAUCAUGGACGACGUCCUUGAGUACUGCGGUGCCCGCAGUGGCAACUAUGCUCCUAUGAUUAGCGAGGCGCUUGUGCGUGGUUGCCAGGACCCCUCGCCGGCUAUCCGCCAGGCUGCGGCUUAUGGCAUCGGUGUGGCUGCUCGUCAUGGUGGUGAGCAGUGGGCCACGUUCCUGGCCGGAACACUGCAGUACUUGUUCCAGCUUAUGCAGGUCCCUGAUGCGCGGAACGAAGACAAUGUCUACGCCACCGAGAACGCAUGCGCUGCCAUUGCGAAGAUCCUGCACUACAACGCCUCGGCAGUGCCAAACGCCAACCAAAUCAUUGAUGAGUGGAUAAAUUACCUCCCCAUCUGCAACGACGAGGAAGCAGCCCCAUAUGGCUAUCUCUAUCUCGCCGACUUGAUUAGCAAGCAACAUGCUUCCAUCGCCGCGCCCGGGCGGGCCGCACAGAUUUUCGUCUACGUUGCACAGGCUCUCGAGGGAGAGACGCUGAGCGGGCAGAAUGCUGCUCGUGUAGUGGCAGCGACCAAGCUUCUCUUGGAGGGCACCGGCACUGACCCAUCACCACUGCUCUCUCAGUUCUCACCCGAGGCUCAGCAAACCAUCCGCGCCCAUUUCGGUUAGUUCCCAAGCCCGGUAGUGAUGGACGCGAUACCUCAGUACCUGCGAGUGAAGCUGUCCUUUAGCAAAGACACGCGUGUAAGGGCAGGCCGCGGAUAGGAGUUUGGGACCCUGAAGGAGAGGGUCGGAUAGUUGGGAUUGAGAAAAAGGGCAGGGACGGAGGAUGAAGUUUUUUUGGAGUUCACGGGCAUGAUACCAUGUUUGUUCGUCCGAUCGGUCAUUGGCGUGUACGAGUUACAUGUCAUAUUAGCCAGGUAAAGCCUCCGCUUCGACAUGUCUCAGAGCGAAUCAACAUGAAGCGAACAAAAAAAAAACAGUUACAUAUUUCUAGGUCCCUUUGGGCGUAAUCGUAUAUUCACAUGUCUCUCGGC